AUGGCUCUUCUUGUUGAUAAGCUAAGACCACGCACCCUCGAUGCCCUGUCAUAUCACCCAGAGCUCUCCGAUCGCUUGCGCUCGUUGGCGCAAAGUGGCGAUUUCCCCCACCUCUUAGUCUACGGUCCAUCUGGCGCUGGAAAGAAAACACGGAUAAUUGCGACGCUGAAGGAGCUGUAUGGCCCUGGUGUCGAGAAGAUCAAAAUCGAUGCAAGAGUCUUCCAAACGACAAGCAAUCGGAAGCUAGAAUUCAACAUCGUCUCAUCGGUCUAUCACAUGGAGAUCACCCCAGCAGAUGUCGGAAACUAUGACCGGGUCGUUGUUCAAGAAUUGCUCAAAGAGGUUGCACAGACACAGCAGGUGGAUAUGGGUGCGAAGCAGCGCUUCAAAGUUGUCGUUAUCAACGAGGCCGAUCACUUGACGCGCGAUGCUCAAGCUGCCCUCAGACGUACUAUGGAAAAAUACAGCCCCAACUUGCGAUUGAUUCUCUUGGCGAACAGUACCUCCAACAUCAUCGCACCUAUUCGUUCUCGAUGUCUGCUGGUCAGGGUCGCGGCGCCCACCGAGACCGACAUUUGCUCUGCGCUCAGUUUGGCGGGUAAAAAGGAGGGCUGGACAGAGUCAGAUGUCCUUAAUCAGAGAAUUGCGAAGGAAAGUGGACGCAAUCUGCGCCGCGCCCUUCUCAUGUUCGAGUCGAUUUAUGCGCAAAAUGAGAAGGUCACGGACAAGACUCCGAUCCCUCCGCCGGACUGGGAGGCUCUUGUGACUUUGACCGCAGAUGAGAUCCUGGCCGAACGAUCACCAGCUCGUCUGCUGCAGGUUCGCGCUCGUCUUUAUGAUCUCUUGACCCAUUGUAUCCCACCUACCACUAUUCUGAAGACUUUGACUUUCAAGCUUGUCGCAAGAGUUGACGAUGCGCUCAAAUCCGACGUGAUCAAGUGGUCUGCCUUCUAUGAGCACCGCAUCAAGCUGGGAAGCAAAGUUAUCUUCCAUCUCGAAGCCUUCGUGGCCAAAUUCAUGCGCAUUUAUGAGGGAUACCUCAUGGGCAUGGACUUCUAA